UGUUUUCUUUUGUCCAUGGAGUUGCCAUUUUUUCAUGGAAAGAUAACAAAAAAAACUUGUGAAGAACUGCUGGGCAAGAAGAGAAAGAAUGGUAGCUAUUUAAUACGAGAGAGUGAGAGUAUGGAAGGAGCCUUGUGUCUCUGUGUUUUCUUUGAAAACCUCAUCUACACGUACCGUAUCUUCAGGGAGCACCAAGGAUAUUUUAGAAUACAGACUUCUGAAGGUGAUCCAGAGAGGGUCUUCAGAACAUUAAAGGACCUGAUAUAUGCAUUUGAAAAGCCAGAUCAAGGACUAAUAACAAACCUCCGCUACCCAGUGAAGAAACAGAAGGCCUCACAAAGAAGCCAGAGGUUCAGCUCAGGAAUGGACAAGGUUUAUGGUGAAAUUGAUGAUGGCGAUUAUGUCACUGUCUUACCCUGAAGGAUCUGCACCUGACAAUUUGGGAAGCUGCCAUUUCAGGCUGUGCCACAGUGCAGUGGAUCAGCUGGAGAGAGCUGCCAGCUGGGCGUCCUCUGUGGAUCUUUACCUUUGGAAUUAUUCUCUUC